CCCUCUCCCUUGAAGCCCAAAUAAACCCCUACCCUCACUCCUCUCCUUCCCACUCUCCUCUACUAUUUUUUCACACAGUAAUAACACACACAUUCUUCUUCCAAUGGAAACCCCUGAAUUCUUCCAAACAGAUUACUACACCUCCCAAUUCACGGCGGAGAACGCCAAAACCACCGACCAUUUCAUCAUCGAUGACCUCCUCGACUUCCCCAACGACGACUGCAUUGACGCCGACAACUCCUCCACGCCUCUUGACAACUCUUGCAACUCCACUUUCUCCGCCACCACCGGCGAGCAGCCUUAUUUUCAGGCGGCUGACGUCAUUUCUAAUGAACUGGCCGUGCCGUAUGAUGAAUUAGCUGAGCUGGAAUGGGUAUCGAGCUUCGUGGACGAAUCAUUUUCAAGCGAUGAUUUGCAAAAGCUUCACCUAAUUCAAGGCUUGAAGGCCCGAACCAACGAGGCCCCACAGGCCCAACACUACAAUUUCCAGCCCAACCCGGCCCAGACCGGCCCGACCCUCCUCUCCGACAUGUCGGUCCCGGGCAAGGCCCGGAGCAAGCGCUCCCGGGCCGCCCCGGGCAGCUGGACCUCCCGCCUCCUCAUGGUGUCUCCGACACCCGAGGAGGCGCCACCCGCCAUGUCAUCCUCUUCAGAGUCUGACAUGGCGGGAGGCAAAAAGCCCGAGGCGGCCCGGAAGAAGGAGGCCGCCCCGGGCCCGGGGCGCAAGUGCCUCCACUGCGCCACGGACAAGACGCCGCAGUGGAGGACCGGGCCCAUGGGCCCGAAGACGCUGUGCAACGCGUGCGGCGUCAGGUACAAGUCGGGCCGGCUGGUGCCGGAGUACAGGCCGGCGGCCAGCCCGACUUUUACGCUGACGAAGCACUCGAACUCGCACCGGAAGGUGAUGGAGCUGCGGCGGCAGAAGGAGGCGGUGAGGGCGCAGCAGUUCCACCACCAAAUUAGUGUUAAUUUUGACGGCGCCGACGAUUAUUUGAUCCAUCAACACAUCGGGCCCGAUUUUCGCCAGCUGAUUUAGGGCUUUUUUAAUUUAGUUUGGUAGUGUUUUUCGUCGAGAAUUUUUUUUUUUUAAUUGUUAGGACAAUCGAAUCCAAUCUCAUCGAAUUUUGUCGGGCUUUUGUUUUUUAGAUUAAAAAUGAAAAAAAGAGGGCUAAUGUCCUAAAUUGAAGUGUAUUCUUGAGCAAAUAAUUAUUGAACAAUUUUUCGUUACUCCAUUUUCCAUUUUUGAA